GCAGCGGGACCCGGGAGCACCGUGCUGCGGGCAGCAUGGCACAAUGGCAGGAGGUGCAGAACUUGGCCAACGCGUACCUGGAGCAGAUCCACGAGCUGUACGCCGGGGCCGCGCUGCCCAUGGCCGUGCGGCAGUGCCUGGCAGCGUGGAUCGAGGACCAGAACUGGCGCCAGGCGGCGGAGCCGCUCUCCUCCCAUGCCCGGAUGCUUUUCCACUCCUUGCUGGUGCUGCUCUGGGAGCGCCUGGGCAGCCUGGGGCUGGGCAAUGAGGACUUCAUGCUGAGGCACAACCUCCGCAAGGCCCAUCGGGACCUGCAGGCCAAGUUCGAGGAGUGCCCGGAGACCUUCGCCAACCUGGUGGCCAAUCUGCUGCAGGAGGAGCGGCGCAUCCUGCGCCUGGGGCAGGCGGGGGGGCAGGGGGGGGCAGCCCCAGCGCCCAGCCCGUCCCCGAGGAACGACCGCGAGCAGCAGAUCCAGCGGCGCUUGGCUGAGCUCCACACAGCCCUGCAGGAAGCGGAAUGCGCCUUCCGGCACCUCGAGGACAUGCAGGACGCCUUUGACUUCUGCUUCAAGGUGCACUACGUGCCGGGCGAGGACAGGACCAAUGACCCCCAGUACGCGCAGCAGAUCCAAGCGCUCCAGGCCAAGCUGCAGAUCCUGGACCGGCAGCGGCGGGAGGUGCUGGCUCAGAUACAGCAGCUCCUGGGGCGCAGCGAGACGCUGCAGGACUUCGUGCUGCAGGAGCUGGAGGCGUGGAGGGACCGGCAGCAGCGCGCCUGCAUGGGGGCCCCCGAGGACACCAACCUGCGCCCCUUGGAGACCUGGUUCACGGAGCUGGGCCAGGGGCUCUUCCAGCUGCUGCGGCUGCUGCGGGCGCUGGGGGAGCUGUGCCUGAAGGUGACCUACGAGAGGGACCCGCUCAAGGCAGAGCCCCCGCUCCUGGAGAAGCGCCUCAAGGAGCUGCUCUCGUACCUGAUACAGAGAGCCUUCGUGGUGGAGCAGCAGCCCACGAUGCCCAACGCCUUCAAGCGCCCUCUCGUGCUCCGCACCGCCACCAAGUUCUCAGCCCGCGCCCGCCUCCUCCUGCGCCUCCACGACCGCAACCACCCCAUGGAGACCUCGAUCCACAUCGACAGGGACCCCCCCAAGAUAAAGGGGUUCCGCAGGUUCAACAUCCUGACAUCGAGCAGCAAAACCCUCCUGGCAGGGGACAGUCCCCAGGAGGGGCUGGUCUGCGACUUCCAGUACCUGACGCUGAAGGAGCAGAAGGACAGCCGGGCCGGCAAGGGCAGCAAAGGCGGCGGCGAGGGCCCCGUGGUGGUGACGGAGGAGCUGCACCUCAUCACCUUCACGCUGGCGUACGCGUACUGCGGGCUGGAGCUGGAGCUGGAGACCUCCACGCUGCCCUUUGUCAUCAUCUCCAACAACAGCCAGCUCUCCAGCGCCUGGGCCUCCAUCCUCUGGUUCAACAUGCUCAGCCCCGACCCUAAGCCCCAGUUCCAGUUCUUCUCGGCCCCCCCCGCGGCGCCGUGGCCGCUGCUGGCGCAGGUGCUGAGCUGGCAGUUCCAGAGCGUGGCCGAGCGGGGCCUGGCCCGGGAGCACCUCCUCAUGCUGGCCGAGAAGCUCUUCGGCUCGAAGCCGUCUCCAGAGAGCACCUUGAGCUGGACCAAGUUCUCCAAGGAUGGUGCCGCUGGCUUCUCCUUCUGGGCUUGGCUGGACGGGAUCCUGGGGCUGCUCCAGGAGCACCUCAAGCAGCUCUGGAAGGAUGGGCUCAUCCUGGGCUUCGUGAGCCGGAAGCAGGAGAAGAAGCUGCUGAAGGGGAAGAGGACGGGGACGUUCCUGAUCCGGUUCAGUGAGAGCAUCCUGGGGGGGGUCACCUGCACCUGGGUGGAGCAUCCUGAGAGCGGGCCCCCCGCGUUCCGCGCCGUGGUCCCCUACACUGCGGCCGAGCUGGUGUCCCUGGCGCUACCCGACAUCAUCCGUGACUACCAGCUGCUGGUGGAGGAGAACAUCCCCGAGAACCCGCUCCAGUUCCUGCACCCCAACAUCCCCCGCGACGAAGCCUUCGGGCCCUACUAUAGCAAGAGGGAGGAGGGGAACCUGAUGGAGCAGAAGAAGUACCUGAACCGGCGCCUCAUCCGCGUGUCCUCCAGGCAGGCCAAUGAGUCGUGGCAGACAGAAGAGGAGCUGGUGACAGCCACGGAAAACCUGGAGACGCUGAAGCUGCAGCCUGGCAGCUCCGGGGCGCAGCAGCCCAGGGAGCCAGGGAUGCUGCAGGUCGUGCCUGGGAACCGGGGAUCGGUGCAGCCCACGAGCCCAGGGACAGUGCAGGUGAUGGCCACGAGCCCCGCGUUGCUGCAGCCACAGCCCCCAGGCCUGGAGCCAUUGCAGCCGCUGCAGGUCGCAUCAGGGGUCUUGGAGAUGCUGCAGCCGGGCAUUGGGAGCAUGGAGCCGCAGUUGGUGCUGCAGCUCAUCCCCGAGGGCCAGGGGAUGCUGCAGCCGGGACCGGGAGCUGUGGCGAUGCUGCAAGUGGUGCCUAGAGGGCAGCCGGUGCCCGGGGAUGCAGGGAUGCUGCAGCCGGUGCCCGGGGACAUGGGGAUACCACAGCCAAUGCUUGGGGAUACAGGGAUACCACAACCAGUGCCUGGGGAUGCGGGGAUGCUGCAGCCGGUGCCUGGGGAUGGGGGGAUGCUGCAGCCGGUGCCUGGGGAUGGGGGGAUGCUGCAGCCGGUGCCUGGGGAUGCGGGGAUGCUGCAGCCGGUGCCUGGGGAUGCGGGGAUGCUGCAGCCGGUGCCUGGGGAUGCGGGGAUGCUGCAGCCGGUGCCUGGGGAUGCGGGGAUGCUGCAGCCGGUGCCUGGGGAUGCGGGGAUGCUGCAGCCGGUGCCUGGGGAUGCGGGGAUGCUGCAGCUGGUGUCAGGGGCUGUGGAGCCGCUGCUGGUCCCUGAGGAGCCGGGGCCGCUGCCACCGGAGCUGAGGGACCUGGAGCCGCUGCCCGGGAGCCUGGACAUGCAGGAGCUCCUGCAGUCGCUCGCAGAGGGCUCGGGGACCCUGGAAGCGCUGGAAGCGGCGGAGCUGAUGCCCAACGCCCUGGAGGCCGCGGAGGGGCAGGGCCCGGGCCCGGGGCUGGAGGGCAGCGCCGCGCUCCUGGAUGCCCACGACCCGUUCCUGCCGCAGCCCGAGGACGCGGCGCUCCCCGCUGCCGUCGGGUCCCUCUUCAGCACCGACUUCCCCCCGCUCCACAUCGAUGCCAACGACUUCCAGUGACGCCCCCCCCCCGUAAAUAAACC